GCUCAACGUAAAUCGAUGUUUCUGAUAUUACACACCAUCCCAGAUCCACCCAAUCUUUUUCUGCUGAUAUAUAAGCGCCUCCGCAUUUCCAUCCAGGCCGAGUAGGUUCCCUUUUUUAACAUCAUUUUUCCGACCAUGGGUGGAUCCUCUUGGCCUUCUGAAACUCAGUUAAAUGAAAUUAGAGAGAUAGUUUCAGAAAUGUCUGGGAGAGGUAGGGAACAAGUCCGGGUCGUGGCUUCUCCUUAUCGAAUUUGUCCACUCGGAGCUCAUAUUGAUCACCAGGGCGGCAUAGUAUCUGCUAUGACGAUUAACAGGGGAAUACUUCUAGGUUUUGUUCCUUCUGGUGACAACCAGGUUAUUCUACGGUCAGGACAGUUCAAAGGCAGAGUCAGGUUCAGAAUUGAUGAAGUUUCGUGCCCUAUGAACAAUGGAAAUGAUGCUUCCAAAAGGGACGAAGAAAGUGAUUGGGGAAGUUAUGCAAGAGGAGCUGUAUAUGCAUUACAGAGUAAGAAGACCUGUCUUGUCCAGGGUAUCAUUGGAUACAUAUGUGGUACUGAAGGUAUGGACAGUUCAGGCGUUAGCUCUUCAGCUGCUGUUGGUGUAGCUUACCUAAUGGCUUUGGAAAAUGCAAACAAUUUGAUUGUGUCCCCUGAAGAAAAUAUUGAGUUUGAUCGGCUGAUUGAAAAUGAAUUUCGGGGCCUGAGGAAUGGUAUAUUGGACCAAUCAGCCAUAUUACUGUCAAGCUAUGGUUCUCUACUAUGCAUGAACUGCAAGACUAAAGAGCAUAAGCUUGUACAUCCGCCGAAAUUGGGAAAGAACCACGAGACGGAGUGGCAGGAAGCGUACAAAAUAUUGUUGGCAUUUUCAGGCUUAAAGCAAGCUUUAACUGAAAAUUCUGGAUAUAAUCGUCGAGUUGGAGAGUGUCAAGAGGCAGCUACGGUUCUUUUGAAUGCGUCUGGAAAUGGUGCAGCAGAGCCAGUCCUAUCUAAUGUUGAGCCAGAAGCUUAUCAAACUCACAAGCACGUAUUGAAACCUAAUCUAGCCAAAAGAGCCGAGCAUUUUUUCUCUGAGAAUAUGCGGGUUAUAAAAGGACUUGAAGCUUGGGCUUCAGGGAGGUUCAAAGAUUUUGGCACACUCAUUACCGAAUCAGGCUUGAGUUCGAUUCAGAACUAUGAAUGUGGUUCUAAACCUCUGAUACAAUUGCGUGAGAUCGUCCUAAGGGCUCCUGGUGUCUUUGGAGCACGGUUCAGUGGUGCCGGAUUUAGAGGGUGCUGUGUUGCACUGGUAGAUGCCAAUCUUGCAGCUGAAGCUGCAUCGUUUGUCAGGGAAGAGUAUAGCAAGCUCCAGCCUGACUUGGUGAGUCAUUUAAACCAAGAACAUGCAGUCGUGAUAUGCGAAGCUGGUGAUUGUGCCCGGGUUAUAUGAUGACAAUCCAUUAAUUGCUAUUAUAUAUUGUGAUAUUUUUACUAUUUCAUUCAUUUUUUUUUAAACUCUGAAGUGCAUCUUGAUUAGAACUAGCUGUAUAGGAAUAUAUACAUAGUGUAGGAGUUUCUGUUUGUAAUAGGCUUCUUUUAUUAUCUUCUGGUGGGCAUUGAAUUUGUAGUUAUGGACU